AUGGCAGCAGCAUGCGCCUGUCCCCGCGUGGCGCAGCUGGAAGAGGAGGUCGCUUCGCUGCAAAGCCAGCUGCUGCGCUACCGACGCAAGUACGGCAACCUCGACGUGCUCGAGACGCGCCGGUCGGUACGCGAGACGGAGACGCCGCCGACGCCGACGCUAGCCUUUGACGCUGGCAGCGGUGCGACCCUCGUCUCGUCCUCUGUCGGGAAGCACGUCGUGCUCGACUACGUUGCCGACUCGCCCAUGUUUCGAAAGAAUCUCGAAGGCCUCGAUGAGAGCAUGGGCGGUCUCCGCAGCUUCAUGAAGGAACUCCUCAGCCGGGCCAAGGACUUUGUCACGUCCGGGACCCAGUGGGGCGAGGCAGAGACCAACCUGGCUAGCAUCUACUCGGCCAAGUACUCUCGGACGCUCUUCACGUCCUGCUACGCUGAGCUUGGCGACCUCUCGACGAUCCUCAACGACUUUCACGAUACUCUGGCGCAGAUCCAGAGCUCGCGCCACAGCUUCCUCCUCAGCGUCGACGCCCUUCUCCAUGGCCCUGUCGAGCAAUUCUGCGACGCAGAGCUCAAGCAAGCGGCCGACCUUCGGCGGGACGUGGCCAAGGCCGGCGAAGAGUACGAAGCGCUUCUUGGCAAGUCGCUGAGCUCGACGAAACAGGCGCCGUCCUUCUCCACGCGCAGCGCGUCGUUUUCGCUCACGUCAGCGCCCGACUUGAACGACGAGAGCACUAGCAACGAGAGUGGCGACUCGGAGAAGGCAAGAGAGCUCAUGCAAGCGCGCUGCAAGUUCGAGCUCGCGCGCUUCGACUGCGUCCGGUACUUCAACCUUCUCGACGCCAAAAAGAAGUUUGUCCUUGUCGAAGCCUUCAACUCGACGUUAUACUCGUACCUCGGGCACUUUCACGCGUGCCACGAGCUCGUCAAGAGCAUCGAGCCAGCGCUUCGGUCGCGCCAGGCGUCGCUGCAGUUUGCGCGCGACCAGUUCGAGAAGGACGACAUGAUGUGGGCCAGCCAGCGCGCGCUGCUCGCAGACCGGCUCUCGUCCGCGUACCCGGCGUCGCUGCCCGUCGAGAUCUUAUCGGUCGAGACCGCGGCGGGCCGGCGACUCACCAAGACCGAGAAGCAAGGCUUUUUGAUUGUGCGCAGCGGGAUGUUUCCAUCGAAAAGCUGGAAGCGCGUGUGGUUUCAGAUCCACCAAGGCAAGCUCUACUCGAUCAAGAACCCAAGAGACAUGGAGCUCAGCCUCGUCUCGGACCUCAUGGUGUCCAAGGUCCGGCCGUGCGCGAGAGGCCUCCCGUUUAGCUUUGAAGUGCUCGACAACAACCAGACCAAGACGAUUCUCCAAGCAACGAGCGAGGCCGAUAUGCAGUCGUGGAUCGAUGCGGCGCAAGAGAGCACCGAGAGCAUGCUCGGGCUGCAAGCCCAUCGGAGCGAAGUCGACCCUGCCCAACCGCGCCUCGUACGCGAGCUCAUGGACGCCAACGGCCAGUGCGCCGACUGCGGCACGAGCCCGAGCGAGUGGGUGUCCAUCAACAUUGGCGCGUUCCUCUGCAUCGAGUGCUCGGGCAUCCACCGCAGCCUCGGCGUCCACGUCUCGAAGGUUCGGUCGCUCAUCCUCGACUCGUGGGACGUGGCCGUCCUCGAGUUACUGCGGACGCACCUCGGCAACUCGGUUGUCAAUAGCAUCUGGGAGGCCGCGAUUGCGCCGGGGUGGGUCAAGCCGACGCCACAAGCGCCGCGGAAUGAAAAGGAAAAGUGGAUCAAGGCCAAGUACGAGUUUCGCGGGUUCCGAGACCACGUCACUGUGACCCCAUCGGACUUGCUCGCGGCGGCGGCCGCGGGGGACGUGCGCCGACUCAUGCGCUGUCUCGCGCACGGCAUCGACAUCAACGAGGUGACGCGGUCGUCGAACGAAACCGCGCUGCAUCUCAGCGCCAAGGCCGGGCACGUGCUCUGCUGCGAGUACCUUCUGCAGAACGGCGCGUCCCAAACCCUCGUGGAUAACGACGGCCGGCUACCGUCGGACGCGGCCAAGCUCGCGGGGCACGAACAGAUCAAGCUGCAUCUUUUGCAACGUCUGCGCGAGUAG